AGACGAAGACGUAUCAGCUUGGAUCGUGAGGCGCUUUGCCUCGAGAUCAAUCGAAACCUUCUUCUGUCUCCAUCAUGCAUCGUGUAUUACUAUUAGGCGCUGGCCGCCAGCUGCUUGCUUCCCUGGGAAGAUGGAUCUGUUUGCGUUGGCAACUUCUGGAACUAAGGUUAGAGCAAUGACAGAAGGGCGUAAGGGCGAAUAGUUGCCAUCCAAUGCAGUGUCUUUUGGUGAUGGUGAGAGCACUCAAGCACUGGCUGGGUGAAGUUUAAUGUAUCCAGGUUGCCUGCCAGCGCCCCCAGCAUCAUCUCUAGCUGCACAAUGCGGCAGGCCCUCUCCAGCUUCAGAACAUACGCAUUUGUCACAGCCAACUUCUGUGAGCACUCACCAUGGUUUAAAUGCAAGGGCUCAGAUGUACUGUACUGCCGGCCACAUCACCGAGCAGAGGAGGGAAGUGGUUGUAUUGAUUGAUAGGAGCUUUGCCUUGUGAUGUAGUUAGACAAUCACCUUUCAAAGAUCACGACUCAUUGAAUGUUAGAGAUAGACUAGUCACAGGCCUUUUGUGCUGCCUGGAAAGACUGUGUCUGGUAGUGCAGCAUUAAUAGAACUGCUGCAAUUCUGUUGGGGCCAUGACACUCCAGUAACCAAGCUGCAGGAGAUUACCAAGUAGAAGCCUGGCGGGUCCAACUGGGAAUCCGCCCAAGUGGGGCUGCAGACUGCUGAGAUCAUCAUGCGCAAAAGUAUCUCAGCUGGUUCUGUGAGCCGCCAGCAACUCUCAAAGCUGGCAUCAAAGUCUGCCAUGGACUUGCGAACGUGGCUCAAGGGAGGACUGCAAAAGCAGGCAGAGGAAGAGUUGCCUCUUUACGAGGGGCAACCAUCUGGCCGCUCGUUUGUCCUCUCAGGCAGUAUCAAGACCCUUGCGAUUGUCCUGAGUUGGUAUGCGAGCAACAUCGGUGUGUUGCUGGCCAACAAGGCCAUUCUGAGCAACUACAAAUACAAGUACCCCAUCUUUUUGACCCUGCUGCACAUGCUGGCGUGCACCUUCUACAGCCUCCUCUUCAUCAAGCUCCUCAAGCUCGUGCCCUACCAGCCGCUCUCCUCGAGGACACAGAUGCUCAAAAUCUCGGGCCUCAGUCUCAUCUUCUGCCUCUCGGUGGUGGCCGGAAACGUCUCGCUCCGGUUCCUCCCAGUCUCGUUCAAUCAGGCGAUCGGCGCCACAGGCCCCUUUUUCACGGCGCUCUUUGCGGUGCUCAUGACCUGGAAGACGGAAGCCAUGCCGGUCUACGCCACUCUCAUACCGAUUGUUCUGGGCAUCGUGAUUGCAAGCGGCGGCGAGCCCCUCUUCAACCUCUUUGGGUUCUUGAUGUGUCUGACUUCGACGUCAGCACGGGCUUGCAAGAGCGUCCUGCAGGGCAUUUUGCUGUCCUCCGACUCCGAGAAGCUCAACAGCAUGAACCUGCUCAUGUACAUGGCGCCUGUCGCCAGCGUGGCGCUCCUGCCCGCGUCGCUGCUCAUGGAGGGCAACGUCCUGGCGGUCACGCUGCAAAAGGGCGUCGAGUCGCCGCGCAUCUUUGCGUACCUGGCGGGGAACAUGACCAUGGCGUAUCUGGUCAACCUCAUGAACUUCAUCGUGACCAAGCACACCAGCGCCCUCACGCUGCAGGUGCUUGGAAAUGCGAAGGCGGCUCUGGCGGUUGUGAUAUCUGUCGCGAUUUUCCGCAACCCUGUCACGCUGCAAGGCACAUGCGGAUUUGCUUUGACCCUUUUAGGAGUUGUGCUGUACAGCGAAGCCAAAAAACGGACAAAGCCGAGGUGACUCACAGCUAUUAAUGGUUGAGUGACUCCUACGAUUGCUUUAAAGUUCGGUCGCUUCGGGUCACUGCACGAGAUCUGCAAAGUAGUGGGCCUGAGCUUCAAUUGACACUUGAGUUGCUGUUAUAGUGUACUAUAGGUUUGACUAAUCCCCUACUCGUCCGACUAGCCGCAAGUUGAGCAGAGUAUUUAUUCAACAUAUGAACACGGGUAUAUACCCGUACGCGUAUCAGUUAGAUCGGCGCGGUAAAUUUCAAGAUGAUAACGCGUUGGCGUAGACCGC